AUGGUAAGCUUCCUCAUCAUGGAUUUACGUUCAUUUUUUAUCCGCUUCUGGUCAGUCUGCAAGAACAUUCAUUAUCUUUAUUCAUUUUUUAUUUUAUUUUUGUUUUUUUGGAUGAUCAAGGGAACUCCUGUAAACAUCAUAGUUGGGUCACAUGCGUGGGCUGAGGAUCCUGAUGCGGCAUGGAUUGAUGGAGAGGUGAUAGGAAUUGAAGGCAGAAAUGCAACAAUAGUUACUACAGAUGGGAAAACUAUAGUUGCAGAUAUUUCAAACAUAUACCCAAAAGACACAGAAGCACCGCCUGCUGGGGUCGAUGACAUGACCAAAUUAGCUUACCUCCAUGAACCAGGAGUCCUACACAACCUUGCUUCUCGCUUUGCUCUCAAUGAGAUAUAUACUUACACGGGGAACAUUCUAAUAGCGGUGAAUCCCUUUCAAAGACUGCCACACUUGUAUGACAUCCACAUGAUGGGGCAAUACAAAGGCGCUGCUUUUGGAGAGCUUAGUCCACAUCUCUUUGCUGUUGCAGAUACUUGCUACAGGGCAAUGAUAAAUGAACAGAAAAGCCAAUCCAUAUUGGUUAGUGGAGAGAGUGGAGCUGGUAAAACAGAGACAACAAAAAUGCUCAUGAGAUACCUUGCAUUCAUGGGGGGCAGAUCAGGUACUGAGGGAAGAACAGUAGAACAACAAGUUUUGGAGUCCAACCCAGUCUUGGAAGCAUUUGGGAAUGCCAAAACUGUGAAAAACAACAAUUCCAGUCGUUUUGGUAAAUUUGUCGAGAUCCAAUUUGAUAAGCAUGGGAAAAUCUCUGGGGCUGCAGUUCGUACAUAUCUUCUCGAAAGGUCACGUGUUUGCCAAGUCUCUGACCCAGAAAGGAACUAUCAUUGCUUUUACAUGCUCUGUGCAGCACCACCAGAGGAUGUCAAGAAAUUCAAGUUAGGGGACCCAAGAUCAUUCCACUAUCUAAACCAAACUAACUGUUAUGAAGUUGCAAAUGUAAAUGAUGCAAGAGAGUAUCUGGAAACCAGAAAUGCCAUGGAUGUUGUAGGGAUCAGUCAAGAUGAGCAGGAUGCCAUAUUCCGUGUGGUAGCUGCAAUUCUGCAUCUCGGAAACAUUGGGUUCAUCAAAGGGAAGGAAGCCGAUUCUUCCAAACUGAAGGAUGAGAAAGCACUUUACCAUCUUCGAACAGCUGCAGAGCUACUCAUGUGUGAUGAGAAGGCAUUGGAGGACUCACUGUGCCAGCGUGUCAUAGUAACCCCUGAUGGAAACAUCACAAAACCACUGGAUCCAGAUUUAGCUGUCUUUAGUCGUGAUGCCUUGGCAAAGACAGUAUACUCCAGACUAUUUGAUUGGAUUGUCGAUAAGAUAAACAGUUCUAUCGGCCAGGAUCCCAAUGCAACAAGCAUAAUUGGAGUUCUUGAUAUUUAUGGCUUUGAGAGCUUCAAGAUCAACAGUUUUGAGCAGCUAUGUAUCAACCUGACAAAUGAGAAGUUGCAACAGCAUUUUAAUCAGCAUGUAUUUAAGAUGGAGCAAGAAGAGUACAAACGAGAGGAAAUCAACUGGAGCUAUGUAGAAUUCAUAGAUAACCAAGAUGUUUUAGAUCUGAUUGAGAAGAAACCAGGAGGCAUAAUUGCACUUCUUGAUGAAGCCUGUAUGUUUCCUAAGUCAACCCAUGAGACAUUUGCACAAAAGAUGUAUCAGACAUAUAAAGGACAUAAGCGCUUCAGCAAGCCCAAACUUGCCCGAACAGAUUUCACAAUCAAUCAUUAUGCAGGGGAUGUUAUAUACCAAGCUGACCAGUUCCUUGACAAAAACAAGGAUUACGUUGUAGCAGAACACCAAGCUUUACUAAAUGCCUCCAAGUGCCCUUUUGUUGCAAAUCUCUUCCCUCUAUUAUCUGAGGAAGCAUCAAAGCAAUCAAAGUUCUCUUCCAUUGGUACCCGCUUCAAGCAACAACUACAAGCUUUAAUGGAAACCUUGAGCACCACAGAACCACAUUACAUCAGAUGUGUAAAGCCCAAUGCAGUUUUGAAGCCUGCGAUAUUUGAGAACUUCAAUGUCUUAAACCAGUUAAGAUGUGGGGGAGUACUAGAGGCAAUCAGGAUAAGUUGUGCUGGGUAUCCAACAAAAAGGACAUUUGAUGAGUUCUUUGACCGUUUUGGAAUGUUAGCUCCAGAUGUUCUAGAUGGAGCCGAUGAGAAAUCAGCAUGUAUUGCCAUCUGUGAUAGAAUGGGCUUAAAGGGCUAUCAGAUUGGGAAAACAAAAGUGUUUCUUAGAGCUGGGCAGAUGGCUGAAUUAGAUGCACGAAGAACUGAAGUUUUAGCUAAUGCUGCAAGACGCAUCCAGAGGCAAAUCCAAACACAUCUCACCAGAAAAGAGUUCAUUAGACAACGAAGGGCUACAAUUCAUAUGCAGAAACUCUGGAGAGCACAACUUGCACGUAAGCUGUAUGAAAGUAUGAGGAGGGAAGCUGCUUCAGUCUGUGUACAGAAAAAUGUACGCGCUCACACAGCAAGGCGAAAUUAUACAAACCUACAGGCAUCAGCAAUGGCGAUUCAAACUGGAUUGAGAGCAAUGGCAGCCCGAAAUGAAUUCAGAUACAGAAGAAGAACCAAGGCUGCAACCCUAAUUCAGACUCAAUGGCGAGGAUUCCAAGCUUUUUCUGCCUAUAAUCAACAGAAGAAGGCAACUCUUACACUUCAAUGUCUAUGGAGAGGAAGGGCAGCCAGGAAGGAGCUUAGAAAGCUCAGGAUGGCUGCAAGAGAAACAGGAGCACUAAAAGAAGCAAAGGACAAGCUAGAGAAGCGUGUUGAAGAGCUAACAUGGCGACUAGAAUUUGAAAAGCACUUGAGGAUCGAUGUUGAAGAAGCAAAAGGGCAAGAAAUUUCCAAGCUGCAAAAUGCUCUACUUGAAAUGCAAGUGCAACUAGAAGAAGCCCAUGCAGCAAUUAUCAGAGAGAAAGAAGCAGCAAAGAUUGCUAUUGAACAAGCUCCACCAGUGCUCAAAGAGGUGCCAGUCGUAGACAACACCAAGAUGGAUCUACUGAAAAAUCAAAAUGAGGAACUCGAGGGUGAGGUAAGCGAGCUGAAAAAGAUGGUUGCGGAAUUUGAGCAAAAGUAUUGUGAAGCACAAAAGGAGAACACAGCAAGGCUUAAAGAAGCAGAAGAGUCAUUCACGAGGACGUCACAACUUCAAGAGACUAUUGAAAGAUUAGAAUUGAACUUGUCCAACCUCGAAGCAGAGAACCAGGUUCUACGGCAGCAGGCUUUGGUUGCAUCAACAAAUGAGGACCUCUUUGAAGAAAUGAAAAUCCUCAAGGAUAAGAUUGCAAAUUUAGAGUCAGAGAAUGAGGUUCUCCGCAACCAGCCAACAAGCAUAGAGCAAGUAGCCGCUCUUGAAAGGGUUCCACCACAAGUGAAGAGUUUUGAUAAUGGACAUAAAAUGGAAGAAGAGCUCCAAACAACAAAAGAGUUGGUGCCUUUUGCCCCAAUCCUAACUAAACAACGAUCCCUGACAGACAGGCAACAGGAAAACCAUGAUGUACUAAUAAAGUGUCUCAUGGAAGACAAGCGAUUUGACAAGAACAGGCCUGUUGCUGCCUGUAUUGUGUACAAAGCACUUCUUCAGUGGAGAUCCUUUGAAGCAGAGAAGACAAAUAUAUUUGAUAGGAUUAUCCACACAAUCCGUUCAUCUAUAGAGAGUCAGGAAAGCAUCAGUAAUCUAGCAUAUUGGCUCUCGACAACUUCAACCCUUCUGUUCCUUGUACAAAGUACACUCAAGGCAAGCAAUACACCUAAUGUGACUUCAUUUCGUAGCCGAAAUUCACCCACCACUUUGUUCGGUAGAAUGGCACAAGGUCUCCGCUCAUCUUCAUUUCCUAUGGGAGUUUCAAGUGGGUACAGUGGAAUGGUGGGAAAGCCAAACACGCACUCAAAAGUGGAACCCAAGUACCCUGCCUUACUGUUUAAGCAACAUUUAACUGCAUAUCUUGAAAAAAUAUAUGGGAUGAUUCGUGAUAGCUUAAAGAAAGAGAUUAGUCCAUUUUUGAACUUGUGCAUACAGGCACCCAGAUCCACAAGGGCCAGAUCAAUAAGAGGGUCAUCCAAAAAUAUCCAUUCAAAUAUAGUUGCAAAACAGCAAGCAUCAAACAUACACUGGCAAAAUAUUGUCAAUAGCCUGGAUCAUACCUUGGGAAUAAUGUCUGAGAACCAUGUCCCUUCUAUGAUAACAAGGAAAAUCUUCAGUCAGGUAUUCUCAUUCAUAAAUGUUCAGCUUUUUAACAGUUUACUACUUCGCCGGGAAUGUUGUUCAUUUAGCAAUGGAGAAUACGUAAAGGCUGGUUUGCAGGAAUUGGAACAGUGGUGCUUUAAAGCAAAGGACGAGUUUGCUGGAUCAUCAUGGGAUGAACUCCAACACAUAAGACAAGCAGUAGGGUUUCUGGUUUUGCAUCAAAAACCUCAGAAAUUUUUGGAUGACAUCACAAAUGAACUCUGCCCGAUGUUAAGCAUUCCACAAAUAUAUCGCAUUGGAACCAUGUUUUGGGAUGACAAAUAUGGCACCCAUGGACUAUCUCCAGAUGUAAUCGGCAAGAUGAGAGUGCUAAUGACAGAAGAUUCCAUAAACAUGCCCAAUAAUUCAUUCUUGUUGGAUGUUGAUUCUCGGAUACCUUUCUCUAUGGAAGAGAUGUCACGAUCCUUGAUCGACAUCAACCUAUCCUACGUGGAUCCUCCACCCCUCCUUCGUCAGAGAUCUGAUUUCCAUUUCCUCUUGCAGCCAACAGAUUGAAAAUUUUGAUUUUCCUAUAAAUUCACAGAAAGAAAUAUAGUAAUUGAAAGAAUGAUAUUGUAAUUAAUUACUAUUCUUUUUAUUUUCUAUUUUUUCUUAUGAGUGAGAGUGAGUGAAUGAGUAUUCAAAAUGUAAUUCUUUUAUUUUUUUCCUCCACUUUUUUAGAGUUGAGAUGAUAAUCUACUGAUUGUUGCCUUCAAAUUGUACCUGUGGAAUUGAGUGAGUGAUUGUUUGAUUGAGGACAAGAACUAAAAAAAAUUAAUGAGAAAAGAAAUGAAAUUUUUACUUGUA